AUGGAAGGAAUCCGAUCCUGGAACAUUGACAUUCUGUCCUGCGACCUGAAUCAGCAACUGCAACUCUUUGUAACGAGACACCUGGCUCAGUUUUCUUCAGAAGUCAAAGGCCAAAGAACCCUCCAUCACCGGAGUGAUACCCUGGAGACAGUGAUCCUGGUAAAUCCCAAUGUGGACAGCAUCGUGUCUGAGGUCCGCUCGCUGGUGUGUGAUUCAUCAGCCCACAAACUACUGAUCUUCUGUGGUCAGAGCUCAGACCAGGAAGGAGACUUGAUCCUGCAGACGGGGACCUUCACUUACCAGAAGUUUGCUGAGAUACUUUCAGAGCCGGAGGUCACCCAGAUUCUUAGCAACACUGAUUCAGACAUCAAGGCCUCCCUUACUGUGUCGUGCCCGGGAGAAGGAGACUGGAGCAACCUUGGGCAUCCUCGAUUUCAGGAAAUUAUUAAUCUGAAACUGAAUCCUGAUCCAGUUCUGCCAGAAAUGGAUGGGGUGUCUGAGUUUGCAGAAUAUGUCUCUGAGACAGUUGACGUGCCGUCUCCAUUUGAUCUCCUGGAGCCACCCACCUCAGGGGGCUUUUUGAAGCUUUCUAAACCCUGCUGCUACAUAUUCCCUGGGGGAAGAGGUGAUUCUGCUCUCUUUGCUGUCAAUGGGUUUAACAUCCUUGUGGAUGGUGGCUCUGACAGGAAAUCUUGCUUCUGGAAGCUGGUAAGGCACCUGGAUAGGAUUGACUCAAUCCUGCUGACCCACAUUGGUGCAGACAACCUACCUGGCAUCAAUGGGCUGCUGCAGAGGAAGGUUGCUGAGCAAGAGGAGGAACAAUCCCAGGGCUCUACCAACUACAGUGACUGGAUGAAGAACCUCAUUUCUCCUGAGCUAGGGGUGGUUUUUUUUAACGUUCCUGAAAAACUGAAGAUGCCUGAAUCGUCCAUGAAAGUAAAGAGGAGCAUCGAAGAAGCUUGUCUGACACUGCAGUAUCUCAACAGACUGGGCAUUAAAUCAGAGCCCCUCUACAGGGUGGUGAGCAGUACCAUUGAACCUAUCACGCUUUUCCACAAAAUGGGAGUGGGUAAGCUGGACAUGUAUAUACUGAAUCCUGUCAAGGACAGUAAAGAAAUGCAGUUUCUAAUGCAGAAAUGGGCUGGUAAUAGUAAAGCAAAGACUGGCAUAAUUCUUGCAAGUGGGAAAGAAGGUGAAAUUUCUGUUCCCUAUCUCACAUCCAUCACAGCCCUAGUGGUGUGGCUUCCAGCUAGCCCAACAGAGAAAAUUGUAAGGGUUUUGUUUCCUGGAAAUGCUCCUCAAAAUAAGAUCCUGGAAGGUCUUGAGAAACUCAAGCACCUGGAUUUUCUGAGGUACCCAGUGGCUACUCAGAAAGAUAUCACUUCUGGAAUACCUCCACCUGUGCUGAAGCAGACCAAAAUUAAACAGAGAACCGACAGUAAAGAGAGUCUUAAAUCUUCCCCCAGGCCAUCGGUGACAAAGCAAGCUAAGAAAGAAGAGGCAGUUGAGGAGGGGAUUAAGGAGGUAAAACCAGAAGUCAUAAAGGAUGCUAAAAUUGAGAAAAAGGUUAAAGAACCCUCGGAGAAAACUCCUGAGAAACCGGUUAAACAUGAAAAGAUAAAGACAGAAACAAGUGAUGCUCUCAAAGCUGAGAAAAGAAAAUUGGCAAAAGACAAGGUUGGAAAAAAGCAUCUCAAAGAGAAAGUAUCCAAACUGGAGGAGAAGAAAGACAAAGAAAAGAAAGAGAUUAAGAAGGAGAAAAAGGACUUAAAAAAAGAUGAUGGAAAGAAAGAGGAAAAAAAAGAUUCAAAGAAAGAGGAUAAAAAGAAAGAAACCAAACCAGAGCCCAAAAAAAUUUCUAAACCAGACUUAAAACCAUUUACCCCAGAAGUAAGAAAAACAUUAUACAAGGCAAAAGUUCCAGGCAGACUCAAAACUGAGAAGAUCAAAGUCAAACCUGAAAAGGAAGUGCCUGCUGACCUGAAGACAUCACCAAUGGAGAAGGCACCUGUACAGGUGGAGCCAGGAGAGACUUCCCUAGCUGAGCAGAGGUUAGUCCUGUCUUCACCAGAAGAUCUUACAAAGGACUUUGAGGAACUGAAGCACGAGGAGAAAGUCACCUUGCAGGUGACUCAAGAAAUGUCUGAUACUGAGGUUGGUGAUAAGAUUAUGAGAGUACCUGAAACAGAGGUAGACGACUCUGCUGCCAUGAUUGCUCAGACUUGCCUUGAAGUGGAUCUGAUUUUGAAAACAAACAUUCCUGGUCAGGGAAUAGCUACUACGGAUACGGACAAAGAAUCACCAGCAGAGGAAAAGGCAGCCCAUCAGCUAGAACUGAGAGCAGCUCAUGCUGAAAAAAUAGAGGAUGAAAGAAGAACAAUAGAUGAAAAUCGUGACAUGAGAUACUGCGAGGGAAAAGCUGAGCAGGACGAGGAAGUUCAGCUGUUUCCAGACAAAGAACAGGCACCAUCACAGACAGACCUCUUAGCAAAGGGUGUUCAGUCAUCAGCAUUCAGAGAGGAAGAAAAGGAGGAAGAGGAGAAGAUCUCUUUGGACAGAAAACAGAGGGAAGCAGAAACAAAGACAUGUGAAAAGUAUACUGAGGGGACAGAGGCACAGGGAGAGGGUGAGAAGGAAAAGAGGGAAGAUGUGAUAGAAAAGGCAGAACUGGAAGAAAAGGAAGAACAGCGCAUGAAGGCAGAGGAGAAGGUGGAAAAGAAUAGAGACUUCUAUGAGCUGAAUCGGGAUGACAGAGAGGACAAAAUAUUUACCGCUACAGAAAAGGAAAAAGAAUUUAGUGACAUAGGUGAGAAAAACAAAUUACUUGGAAAGGACGUAACAAAGGAAGAGUCAUAUCUGAGCAGUCUGCCAGUCCCACCAGGAGCAACAGCAGAACAUGUUUCAUAUAUCCAAGAUGAAACUAUCCCAGGCUACUCGGAAACGGAGCAGACCAUUUCUGAUGAAGAAAUACAUGAUGAACAGGAAGAGAGGAUCCCACACUUGAAGUAUGAUGUCAAUGCCUAUGACAUUUCUGUUCCUGACCACCCAGGCUCUUUUGAAGCAAUACAUGGAAUACAGGCCGUGCCUACUGCUGACCUUUCCGCCAAGGGCUAUGCUGGCCAGGAGUCUGAAAUCCUGGCAUAUCCUACAAACAUUGUGGCAGCACCUCUGGCUGAGGAGGAACAUAUAUCCUCUGCUACCUCCAUUACAGAAUGUGAUAAGCUUUCAUCUUUUGCAACUUCAGUAGCAGAAGACCAAUCUGUUGCAUCUCUAACAGCACCACAAACAGAAGAGACUGGGAAAAGCUCUUUACUUCUAGACACAGUAAACAGCAUGCCCUCCUCUCGGACUGAAGCAACCCAAGGUCUCGACUAUGUUCCCUCCGCUGGCACAAUCUCUCCCACAUCAUCCUUGGAGGAAGACAAAUGUUUUAAAUCUCCACCCCCUGAAGAUUUCCAUGCGUUAGCAGAAGGAGAGAGAAAACUGGAAGCUCAAAAAAAGGAUCUUCAUGAAGAGGCAGAAGAUGAAGAGGAAGAAGAAGAUGGGACUCCCAAUAUUGAAAUGCCUGAGAAACUCAGGGGGCAUUACAAUGCCCCCAUAUUUGCUCAUCAAGGCUGUCCUGAUAACGUGUUAAUCAGUGUUCCCACAGAAGUGAUGCAAACUUCUGGUCUGCCGUUAUCCACUGAAGAAACACCGUUUUCCCAGGUUGACUCUGCAGAGGGUGAAGAACGAUGCAUGAGUCCUGACGAUAGUACAGUCAAAAUGGCCUCUCCCACCCCAUCUGGCCCCACUAGUGCAGGACACACACCUUUCCACCAGUCUCCAGUGGAGGAAAAACUAGAAACAGUAGAUUCAGAUCUAUUUGAAAAACAAACAGAUGCUGCUGCCAAGAAGGUGGAAGGCCAAACUUGUGUUGUGGUGAAGGGAGCCAAGGGUGAACCUCUCAGAGAGGAUGAGCUAUCUGCGGCUAAAUACAGACAUGAAAAAGAAGUGCCUGGGCCUGUACAGCACAAGCUGGACUUGGGCAGUGACGUUCCAGUUCCAGUGUCUCCUGGGGAGGAGGUGCGGGAAGAGCCCGUGGGGAAGGAGGAGCUGCCCUGGCUCUCCUACCACAAGCAGGACACGGUGGUGAUAGGGGAGGAGGAGGAGCGUCCCAUGCUGCCCCCUCCCAGCACAGAUGUGUUUCUGGAGCCAGAAAAAGAGCAAGGAACUAAAACCAUGACAGAAAGUUUAAUGGGAUUUUCAAAACACUUGUCCUUUGAGCCAUUCUCUACCACAGAAGCAUCUCUAGGAGAUGUGGGUCCUCCACAGUUCACAAGCCAAAGCAAAUCUGAAAGUGACCAAUCUCCACAGUUCUCACCAGAUGACACCAAGUCACUUUCUUUUACAGAAGAAAGUAUUGGUAAAGAAAAAUCCUCAGAUAUUUCUGUUAAGGGAGUGACUACUGAAGAAGGCAAACUGCUGUAUUUCACAGGAGACACUUCAGAAGAAGAAAAAUCUUCUCAUGUUUCCAUUAAAGACAUUUCACCAGAAGAGACCAAAUCCAUUUCUCUCACUGAGAGUCCCAGCAAAGAAAUCUCUUCAGACCUUUUUGUUAAAGGAAUUUCUCCAGAAGAUAUCAAAUCUCUUAGUUUCACAGAAGAGAUACCUGCAAAAGAAAAAACUACGUCUGACUUUACUGACAAAUUCCCUUCAGAAGCUGUGAAAUCCAUGGAUUUCACAGAGCAGAGCCCAGCUACGUAUGAAACAUCACUGAAAAUUUCUGCCAAAGAACUCACGAAAGAAGUGUCAAAAUCUUUUCCUUGCCCAGAAAGUAGCUCAGUUAAAGACACGUCACCCAGAGAUACUUCGACUGAAGACAUGUCUCCAGAUGACAGCAGUUUAUUUUCUGCAGGAGAAAAGGGACCGUUUAGGGGAGGAGCUGCAGGCUUGGACUCUCAGGAAGCAUCUCCAGAUGCGAAGGGCUUACACUUUACAGAAUCUAGCCCAACUGAGGAUAAAACAUCUUCACACAUUUCUGCUGAAGGUGUAAAAUCUUGCAGGUCCAAGGAAGCUCAAGAAGAAAAAUCUCCAGAAAUGGAAGACUUUUACAUGAAAGAUUUAAGUUAUGAGAAGAAAGUGUGGUUUCCCGAAGAGGUGGAGGAGAUCCCUGUUCAGGGCAAGCGGCAGAGAUACGAUAAAGAGAGAGAGAGCACGUUCUUGGAUGAGGUACCAGAAUAUGAAACAAAAUCCCUUCCUAAAAUGGGAGAGGAGGAGAUCCUGUCUCCUGCCGUGCCUGGCAGUCACACCUGGAGAAAAGCAGAAAGUGAAGCAUGGGGCUCUGCGUAUGGGUGUCUUCAGGAAGGAGGAGAGACCGGCAGAGGAGGGCAGCUACCCAGUGAGGAGGAUGAGGAUCUCCGUCACGCUGAAGACAAACCUGUGCUACUGCAAGCAGAAGCAGAAUGUUUAAAGAUGGAAUCGUGUGAUCACAAAGACGACACACAGAAGAGUGCCAAACCUGCAUCAGAAACAGAGAAAGUGGAAAUCGUUCCUGCUGACAUCUCUCUCCCAGCAAGAACACAAAUGGAAAGUUCUCCUCUGUCUUCUCGAUAUGUCUCUGGUGAGGAAAAUCAGGCCAAAGCAUUAAUUGGAACCAAAGAAAGGCAAGAAUUGUUGUUGACAUCUAAACCAGAUUACUCCUACUUAGAUGAUGAGGAGAAAGCUGUCCUAGAUAUCUAUGCAAAGUCACUAGACCAAGCACUGACAGCCUCUCCCCUGUCUGUAAUGGCAACCACUCUGGAAAAGGAGAUGGACACAACGCCAGAAACAGAAAGGCCUUACAAGUUAGAUGAGUGCAAGCCACCUUUACGGGAGGAGGUCCCGUCAAAGGACACAGAGGAGAAAUCAGACAUCAGUGGCGUGUAUCGGGAAACAGAGUGUAAAUACAAGUCAGAUAGAAAGCAAGAGGAUGACUGCAAAUCCACUGAGGGUCUGUAUGAUUCUACAGGGAGAAAAGAGCAGAUGGCAGCAGCAUCUACUCUGCUGCAAUCGACCAGACCAGCAGAAUAUGAAUAUAUAGCAGCAUCCCCAGAAGAAAGUGCUGCAGUGUCAGGGCAGCGUGCACAACCCCCUCUAGGACAACCCCCUCUAGGACAAGGCCCUUGUCAAAAAAGCAGUGCUGCCGUGGGCCAUGCUGAGGCUGUGGGUUCUGCCGGCCGAGUGGCAUAUCCUCCGGAGACCUAUCCCAGGAGCUCCCCUGAGCCUUAUUCCUAUGAGGAAGGGGUCUGCAGACCCAGAGGUGAUGACAGCCCUACAAGACAAGAGCAAGAAGAAAGAGAACCAACUCCCUACCCUGAUGAAAGAAGUUUCAAGUAUGCGGACAUCUAUGAGAAGAUAGUUGUGUCUGGAGCUGGGCCCUCUCCCUUCACACCCAAGGGUGCAGACAGCCCAGGUCACACUGACAAGGUGCCAGCAACGGCACUGAUCUCUCAAAAAGGCGAAGGUUUUCACGUCUCUGCAAAGGAAGAAGAGUCCUGCCUUUAUACCUCUGCUGAGAAGGAGUUGUCAUCUCCAGCAUCCCCUAAAGAUAAAGCAGAUUCAGCCUUUGACUAUACAGACAUCCAUGAAAGAUACUCGCCCUUGUCUGAAACAGAUAAGCCUAGGGUAUCUGAAGGACAGGAAAAACUGAAGGUGUCUUCUGCUUUGCCAGGAGAACUGGACUCUGAACUGCACCCAUCAUCCGCAAGCACAGCAUCUGCCUCUCCCACAGACGCGACUGACACGUUUUAUCAAGAAAAAUCAGCUGCCUAUAUUGAUGCUGCUUGUCCAGAUGAGAACAUCAUUUUGUCUAGCCAGGAGCAGAUACCCCUGUCCCUGAAAUCUGAAAGCCCGAAUCCCAAAGAUACAUACUACGAGAAAGCAGGUCGAGGGGAAGAAAGCACGAGUGACUCAGAGUUAGAAAAAGGCGCUAAGGAGAAAUCUGAAAAGGAGUCUAAGCUGCGCAGCCCUGCUGAAGCUGCAGGCACAGCCUACGCACACAUCUCGGCAACGGACAAGUUUCACGUAUCAGAACCCCUUCUGCAAAGCAAGCGUCAGGAGUCCAUUUCACCCAGUUCCACUGCCUCCUCACCCUCUGAUCUGGGGUGGAAAGAGGAAUACCCAAGUAGGAAAAUCGCAUCAGCCGCUGUUGCGGGGACAUAUGUUGCUGGUUACAGCGACCUGCCAGACACAGGCAGAGAAGAGCAGGCUUCAGAAAUGUGCCAUUUAAGACAAGAUUCUUCACAAAAGAGAGAGGUUGCUGAAAAAUCCACAAAAGAAUCACAUUUCUGCGUAACAGAUUAUCCAAGUGCAGCGGUGGUCUCGGAGUGCCAAGAGCAAGCCGUAUACUUGAAAUCUGCUUCUGGAGAAGAGGGAGAGGCAUACAGAAAGGGCCCAACAGCAGAGGGCGGAGCGAUGGAUAGCUCUCCUGGAUUUGAAUGCUCCCUGCUAGGAAAGAGUAAAACAUCCAGUCUGUUCAGACAUGAGCAAACCUCAGCAAGCCGUUUGGGGGAUAUCUCUCUUCCUUUAAAGGUCCCUUGUGCUUUGCUCUCAGACCAGGGGAAGAAAGAUGAGUACUUGGAGGUUUCAGAGAAAAUCAGUAGCCUUGACUCGUCUUUUACUAAAUUCUCACCACUGAGUCCGUAUGAGGAAGAUAAGUUGUUCUCCAAAGCUGUGGAAAGAGAGUCUGUGCCCCAACAGCAGCUGAAAGAUGACUCGUCUAGCCUGUCAGAGGAACCUUCAUCUGAAGCCACCACUCCUGUGAUAUCGACUACAGCAGAAAGUUUCUACUCCCAUAUGCUUUCCACGUACACGGGUGAGGGAGCAGAACCAGGCACCAGGAGUCUUUGGGAUGUGUCUCCACAGAUUCCAGAUAGUGCUGUGAAAACACAUACAGCUGAAACCAAAGGCUUUGUGUUUGCUGAAGAACAUGGUUCUCCAUUCACAAGUGGCAUGGGUGACAGCAUUUCGCCAUGCAGAACGGAGUGCCGGAGUUCACAGCCCACACCAUUCUCUGCAGAGAAACAACGGCAACCCUGUGUAAGCAGCCCAGAGCAGAAGGCACCAUUUGCAGAACAGCUGAUGACACUGACAUCUCUCCCUGAUGUGUUGACAUCAUUUCCUCAUCAUGAAGAUGAAACCACAGCCAAUGGUCCAACAGAGGUGAGCACCAGUCUGCAAGCUUUCCACAGUACAUACCAUGCAGCAGAAGCAAAAGAUGAAAAAACGUGUCCCGAUUCUGACAGCAGUUUUUAUCCGUGCGCAGGCAAAGAGGACACAGAGAGGCAGAGCCGUCCUUCCUCUCUGAUGUCCCCUGAACACAGUUUCCAGCCCUUUUUCCCAGAUGUGCAGAGGGGUGGAAAAACAGAGGACCAGGGAGAUGCUUCCCAUGAGAUGGAGCCACAUUUAGGAGCCAGUUUUGACUGUGGACAGAAAUUUUCCUCAUGUGAAUACAAGCAGAGGAAGGGAGAGCUCUCUCCAUCAUUCAUCAACCCGAGCCCUCAUGAGCUCUCUGAAGACAGUGACCUCUCACAGGAGGACGGUCACCCUUCAGUGCAAGGAAGACCACCCCACGCUGGCAGUAGCCCCAUGCAAAGUGCCACAGUGGAGGAAACCCCUCCAACGUCAGUGAGUGAUUCUGGAACCUCCCAGUCGGACUCGGACGUCCCGCCCGAGACAGAGGAAUGUCCGUCCAUCACAGCGGAUGCCAACAUGGACUCGGAUGAAGAUGCCGAUUUCCUCCCAGUGGACAAAGCUGUUGGGAAUGCUCAUCAUGCCAGUUCUAGGUCCAGCCAUGAUCCUCAGCCUGUUCCAAUGGUAGAUCCCCAUCCCCAUCCUCCUCACCCUGAUGUCUGCAUGGUAGACCCCGAUAUGUUGGUAAAUGAGCAAAGCAUGAGCCGAACUGAUAAAAUUUCCAAGAAAGACAUAAAAGAAAAGAACAAAGGUGUGAGGAAGCCUUUGAGCAAACCCAAAUCUUCCUCACCUGCCCGGAAAUUAGAUGUGAAAGGGAAACGAUCACCCACUCCUGUGAAACAACCAUCGGACAAAUCUCCAAAAUCUGUCACUGCCAAAAAAGAGAGAGAUGGAGGAGAGAAGCCCAAAGCACGCGGUGCGCUGGUGCAGCCUCCUCACACAGAGGAUGAGUUAUCCCGGAGUAGUCACAGCAACCCUGGCAAGAGCCUUGUCAAUGGCAUCAAAACAAACCCCGCUUCCAGCAGUCCUAAGAGCAGUUUGCCUGUGCCCAUGGGUCCACCUGUCUAUGUGGACCUGGCAUACAUCCCCAACCACUGCAGUGGAAAGAACACAGAUCCGGAGUUCUUCAAGCGGGUUCGAGCAUCAUACUACGUUGUGAGCGGGAACGAUGCAGCCAACGGAGAACCGAGCCGUGCAGUGUUGGAUGCGCUCCUGGAAGGGAAGGCUCAGUGGGGGGAGAACCUGCAGGUGACAUUGAUCCCAACACAUGAUACUGAGGUGACACGAGAAUGGUACCAACAGACCCAUGAGAAGCAGCAGGAGCUAAACAUCAUGGUACUGGCAAGCAGCAGCACUGUUGUGAUGCAGGAUGAAUCUUUUCCAGCCUGUAAGAUCGAAUUCUAAAUCUCCC